GCCAUUGUCACACACAAACACAAGAGAUAACCGAUUGAGAGCGAUGGAGCUUGGAGGGAGGAAGAUGCUGCAUAGUACUGUAGGAUCGAGCAGCGCGGGUCAACCGCACGCACGCGCUCGAUCAACAAGCAACCGUCACCGUGGCGCGUACGUACGUACGUGCAUGUAAAGGCAGCCACGAAGCAACCCUAAAAGGAAAAGUCGAUCGUUUGGUUCAUCAAACGUACUAGCAGCGAAGCCUUGUUCGGCUAGGCAUCGAUCGAUCCAUGAAGGCAGCGACGACGACGCUUCUCCGGGUCCUCCGCCGCCGCCACGGCCUCCUCCUCGCUCUCGUGCUUCUCGUCGGCGCUGCUUCCGGUGCCGCGGCGCAGCGGACGGUGGACGUGGGGGUGAUCCUGGACAGGUCGACAUGGGUGGGGAACAUGAGCUGGACGUGCAUGGAGCUGGCCCUCGACGACUUCUACGCCGACGAUAGCCAUGCCCGGUACCUCACCAGGCUGAAGCUCCACCUCAGGGACACCGGCCCCAACGCUGUCGACGCCGCUGCCGCAGGUGUUGAUCUACUGAAAAAUGUGGGCGUGCAAGCGAUCGUUGGGCCGCAGACGUCGACUCAGGCUAAAUUUCUUGCGCGGCUCGGGAACAAAUCAUCGGUUCCGAUCAUUUCGUUCUCCGCAGAUUGCCCGUCACGAGCCGGACUAACUCCAUACUUCAUCCGGACCGCAUGGAACGACUCCUCUCAAGCAGAAGCUAUCGCCUCGCUUGUUCAGAAACACAAUUGGAGAGAAGUCGUCCCUGUCUUUGAGGACGAUGAUACUAAUACCAAGUUCAUUCCCGACCUCGUUGAUGCCCUCAAACAAGUUGACACGCGUGUCUCUUACAGGUGCAAGAUCCAUCCUUCAGCUACAGAGGAUGCUAUGAAGGCAGCUAUCUCAAGCUUAAGACACAAUUGGACAAGUGUAUUUAUUGUGCGUAUGUCGCAUGCGCUAGCCCUCAAGUUUUUCCAGCUUGCUAAGGACGAAGGGAUGAUGGGCCAGGGAUUUGUCUGGAUCACCGCGUACGGCUUGACAGAUAUCUUUGAUGUGGUUGGUUCUCCGGCUCUAGAUGUGAUGCAAGGAGUUCUUGGGGUGAAACCUCAUGUUCAAGAUACUGUGAAACUUCAAAACUUUGCACAGAAAUGGCACAGCAAGUACCGAUUAGAAAAUCCAGGCACCUCGUUGAGUGAACCCACAGUGUCCGGUCUCUAUGCUUAUGAUACCAUAUGGGCGUUAGCAUCAGCAGCAGAGAAUGCUACAUAUGUGAAUUUAGACUUUGGGCCGUCUGUAACAAAGAAUGGGUCCACUGACUUUGACAGAAUAGAUACUUCAAAGGCUGCUGAAAAACUGCGAGGUGCACUACUGAAGGUCAACUUUUCGGGCAUGAGCGGGAAAUUUCGUAUUGAAAACACACAGUUAGCAUCAUCAUAUUAUAUGAUAAUCAACAUUGUUGGUCAGGAGAGAAGAGAAGUCGGGUUUUGGACUCCAGAAUUUGGCAUCUCUGGUAGUCUAAAUAUGAAGUCUGAUAUUAACACCAUCAUAUGGCCAGGAGGAGAUCAUGAAACUGUGCCUAGAGGCUGGCUGUUGCCGAGGAAUAAAAGACUCCAAAUAGGUGUACCUGCAAAUCCUGGGUUUGGCCAACUUGUAAGAUAUGAAAAUGGCCCCGAAGGCCAAAAAGGGUUCUGCAUCAAAGUUUUUGAUGAAGUAGUUGAUAAUUUACCCUACCAAGUACUAUAUGACUACCAUGGAUUUGAUGACGGGCACGGAAAUAGUAAUGGAACAUAUGAUGAACUUAUCUACAAGCUUUAUCUUAAGGGAUUCGAUGCAGUGGUAGGUGAUGUAACAAUCUUGGCCAACCGCUCUUUAUAUGUGGACUUUACUCUUCCCUAUACAGAGUCAGGGGUGCGCAUGCUGGUUCCGGUCCUGGACCGGAGACAGAAAACUGCAUGGACAUUCCUAAAGCCUUUGACAGCUGACCUUUGGUUAGGAACUGGGGCCUUUGUUGUUUUCACUGGUUUUGUAGUCUGGUGUAUUGAGAAUCACGAAGAUUUCAAAGGUACCCCAGCUAAUCAAAUUGGAUCAGUCUUCUACUUUUCCUUUUCAACACUUGUAUUUGCACACAGGGAGAAGAUUAAGAACAACUUGUCAAGAAUUGUUGUAGUUGUUUGGCUUUUUGUGGUGCUGAUAGUGCAGCAGAGUUAUACUGCAAGUUUAAGCUCAAUUCUCACAGUGGAACAACUUCAACCAGCAGUUACCAAUUUAGAUGAGGUUAUCAGGAAAGGGAGCUAUGUCGGCUACCUCAAUGAUUCAUUCUUGCCUGGGCUUUUGAAAAGUUUGAAAAUUGAUGAAUCAAAGAUGAUUGCGCUCAACUCUGCCGAGGAAUACAAUGACGCCUUGUCAACUGGAAAAGUUGCCGUCAUUGUUGAUGAGAUACCAUACCUUAAGUUGUUCCUUUCAAAAUAUUGCCACAACUACACUAUGACAGGACCAAUCUACAGGUUCGAUGGAUUUGGUUAUGCGUUCCCUCUAGGCUCUCCACUCACAGCUGAUAUCACGAGGGGCAUACUGAAGCUCGCAUCGAAUGGCAAAAUGGCUGAGCUUCAGAAAGACUUGUAUGGUGAUAAGUCAUGCCCCGACAAAGAUGACUCCCAAACUUCGAGCAGCCUUACGUUGCACAGCUUUCAGGGGUUGUUCAGCAUCUCCGGAGCAUGUUCAAUCCUGGCAUUAAUCCUGCAUGCUCUCAUAACCGAUAAAGGUGUAUUCAGCAGAUGGCUUGCCGCCAUUUGGUCCAAGCUCUUCCGCAAGAGUAAUACACUCCAAAUAAUGAUGAGGCCAGUGGAAGGACAAGGAUCACGAGUGUGAAGAGCAAAACCACCUUUGUUUGUAGUUGUACGCAUGCAGCCUGGCUCCUCCCGAGAGGGGGCAUGAUUGAUCAGUGCCUUGUUUGUCUCGCUGUGGGAGCUGAAAAUGCCCGGGACAGAUAAGCGUGUAAUACUACACGGUUAACGUUUUAGCUACUGAUGGUCGCAAUUCUUUAUUCGUUUGUCUGUUGAUUUGCAUUUAUGUUUAGGUCUUUUAACACAUAGAUAGACUGAUGCAAGAACAUUUAAUCUGGCAUCCAGAUCUGUAUUAUAAGGUGCCACCUGAUGCUGGUUUUCAGAUAUGUUACAUAUCACAUAUGGAAUGCAAUGUGUACUUAGA